AUGGCCACCGGCGCCGUCACGCCGCCGCAGCUGGCCGGCGCGCGGUGCGUCCCCCGUGGACGGGGCUUCCUCCACCGGCGCCUCGCCGCCUCGCCUAUGAAAGAUGAAUCCAUGAUUUCCACAGAUGGUGGAAAUGAGGAGACAGACACUGGCAGCCUCAAUGUUGCCAGAGGAUUGUCUCACCCUGGGCUUUCCUCAAGUUUAUCCAAUAAGGCAUCAGUGGUCCCAACCCCUUUGCUUCCUUCUGGACCAUCUGAUCUCCGGUUCAAUCGUCUUCGACCCUCAAUUGAUGAAAGUGAUUGCAAAUACAAAAGAUUAUUUGGCUGCUAUGUUGCUCGUGAGGCUGUAAUCGAUGAGGAAUACUGGAUCGCUGCAUGGUUGAGAGCAGAAGAUCACUACGAAAAUGAGUCAGGCAAUCGCUAUGUUGAAAGCUUUAAAAGAAAGUUUGCAUCAAAGGAAUUCCAUGCAUUAAAGAAGAGAUGCAGCAAACAGCACGGAGAAAAGUAUAUCUGUUUUGUCGCGGUAAAGAAUGAUGACCUCAGGCGAACUGUCCUGAAUAGUGUUGUUGGUACCUUAGAUGUAUGUGUAAGGCAUCCUCUACAUGGGGAGAAAUUUCCUGAGGAGCCUGGAAGGUCGUCUCUUCACUGUCGAAUUUAUCAGCCUGAUCAGCCAAAAUUUGGGUAUGUAACAAAUGUAUGCGUUGCUAAAUAUGCAAGGCGUCAAGGGAUUGCCAGCAACAUGCUGUUAUUGGCCAUAGAUGCUGCAAGACUCAACGGUGCUGAAAAUAUUUACAUUCAUGUGCAUAAAGAUAACUUACCAGCGUGGAGGCUCUAUGAUCAGAUAGGAUUCAAGAUGGUUGACCAGGAUGGUGCUUGUUGUUCAUCAGAUCUGUGCUUACUCUCCUUCAGUUCAUAG